AUGGUGAGCCUUGGGCUAGCACGAAUUAGUGCUCUGCUCAAGUCGACGCCACAGACAUGGAAAGCCAUUCAUGUUGCUGGAACCAACGGCAAGGGUUCAAUAUGCGCAUACUUAACUGCCAUGUUGCGCGCCAACCAAAUCUCAUGUGGUAGAUUUACCUCGCCUCAUCUCAUAGACCCUCGGGAUUGUAUCACCAUUAAUGAUAGCAUCGUGUCUGAGAGCAAGUUCAGAUACUUUGAGGAUUUAGUCAAGAGGAGAAACACGGAGCAGAAGAUCGAUGCUAGCGAGUUCGAGCUUCUCACAGCCACGGCCUUUGAGAUAUUCGAAUCCGAAAAGGUUGAGUUUGGCAUAAUCGAAGUAGGGUUGGGCGGAACCCUUGAUGCUACGAACGUAUUAAAACACAAGUGUGUCACCGUGAUCUCCAAAAUAGGUCUCGACCACCAAUCAUUUCUGGGCAAUACUAUUGAGGAGAUUGCUCGUCAAAAGGCAGGCAUCAUGAGGAAAGAUGUCCCUUGUGUUGUUGAUGGCAGCAACUCAAAGUCUGUUCUAGAUGCUCUACAGAAACAUGCCGAGGAGACAGGUAGCAGCAUUAUUUUUGCAGAUGCCGAGUCCAACGAGCUUGUGAAUAAAUUACGAGAUACCCUGGAACCACAUCAACAACAAAAUCUAGCAUGUGUAUAUGAAGCCUUCAGGUUGGCAUUUCCGCAGCAUGCUAUCUCUAUUGAUAGUCUCGUUUCUGCUGCCCGGAAUGUAGUAUGGCCAGGCAGGUUACAGUGGGUGAGCAUUGAAAAGGUUACAAAUAGAAAGGGUAAUAUUUUACUUGAUGGGGCUCAUAACCCUCAAUCCGCGGAAGCACUCGCCGGCUUUGUUCAAAAGCACCUACGGUCCCAAAACAAGCCAGUCACUUGGGUACUUGCGGCUACUCGAGGAAAAGACGUAUCGGAAAUGCUGAAACUGAUACUACGCGAUGGUGAUUCUAUAGCAGCAGUCGAGUUCGGCCCUGUUGACCAAAUGCCUUGGGUCCAGCCGACAAGUUCGACGGAUCUGCUUGACACCGCAAGCAAAUGUGGCGUUGCGAUUUCGUCACAGUUCAAUGCAUCUACAAAUAUACGCUUGGCUCUCGAAUGGGCAAGCCAGACCGCAAAAGAAGGACCGCUGGUUAUUGCAGGAAGUCUCUAUCUAGUAUCUGAAAUAUUCAAACAGCUCAGGUCUACUGAACUGCAGAAGUGA